AUGGAGGGUCGCGACUCCCCUUCGUGGUGGAGCCGCAAGCUCACGAAGCUGAAACAGAGCCUUAACAAGGCGACCAAGAAGUGGAACAAGGCGAAGAGGGAUGGCAACCUCAUCGGAACCGAGCACUGGAAAGAAGAGCUGACUGAGAGAAGGAGACUCUUCAGGCUAGAAGCCCGAGCAGCCAAGAAGAGGGCAAGGGACCGCUUCUAUGCGUCCCUCCAAGACUUCUCCAAGUGUAUCCGGCCACCGACGGGUAAGUCAGCGGCAGCGAUACUGAAUGGCGACCCAAGCACCAACCAAGCAGCCCAUCUGCUAGAGAAGCUAUUCCCUCGGGACCCUAGGCGGUCCCAGGGGAUGGCUCAGGUUCGCGUCGGUGUAGGCUCGGCAGAUCGCAUCCCAGCAGUAACCGAACAGGAGGUCUUGGAAGCCAUCGGCCGUCUGAAGAUCUCUGCCCCUGGGAGCGACGGCGUCAAUGCUGAAGUUUUGAAGAAGACGGCGCCUGAGCUGGCGGCCAAAUGGGCCACGGCCUUCACUGACAUCCUUAGGUCCGGCGAGUUCCCUGCCGAAUGGAAGGAGGGCAAAUGCAUUGCCCUGGCCAAGCCCGGCCGCGACAUCUUCCAGCCCUCGGGCUGGCGCCCAAUAGUUCUCCUUAGGUGCGUCUCGAAGCUGCUGGAGUCGGUGAUAGCCGAAAGGCUCAUCCACGGCCUAGGAGAGAAGUUCCGAGUGCCAGAGAUCCAUGGCUUCUGCCGAGGCCGAAGCUGCGACACGGCGCUGAAGAGGAUCGUCGAUGCCUACCGAGCUGGGUGUGGGAGGAAGG